AUGAAAAACAAAAAUAAAUAAUCUGAAGUGAGUUCAUUAUUUAGAAAUGUUCCAACUGCUACUUAAGAAUAGAAUACUAGAAGAAAUAGCUAUUCAUAUUCUACUAAUAACACUAUAAUUCAAUAAAUUUUUCACUUCUACUCAAAAUAAUCAUAUGCAAUAGGUGUAAAUGCAACAUUCGAUAGAUAAUACCAAGAGAGUAAUUAAUUAAAUUUAGCUAAAUAUUUUCAUUUUUGUAGAGAUUUUAACAUUUAAUUCCUUAAUAAAUAAGAACUUCGAGAUCUAUUUAAGAAAUGUGCAACUAAUGGAUAAAACAUCAAUUUAUAAUAAUUCUAAUAACUAUUUAGUUUAUUAGCAUUCUAUAGAGGAAUUGAUUUAUGUGAAUUUUAUUAAGAACUUGGUUUAGAUAUUUGGUUAAAAAAUUAACAGAAAAUGUAAUUACUUGGUAAACCAUUUUAGAUGAAAGAUGAUAGACAGAGAUUUACAAAAGAUCAACUUCAAUAUUAAUUUAAAUUAUUCCAUCCUGAUAUUAAAGAUGAUACUCUCAUUAAAGAAAUCUUAAGACAACGGAAAUAAAAAUAAGAAACUUAUAAAAAUAAUGAAAAAGAAAAAAAAAUACUAUAAAAGUUGCAAUUUGAACUUAAAUUUAAAAGAGGAACUGAAUUAUUUGAAAAAUAUCCUUAAAAAAUUCAAUUAAUAUAACAUCUUUAAAAGAGAAAGGUAACUUAACACAUUGGUUACUGUAAACCUUCAAUUAAAUAAGCUUAUAGUCUAAAUACCUAAAUAGAAUCAAAUUAACCAAGAAAAUCCUCUGUUAUUACAUGGGAAACUUUAAAUGAUAUUGUUCCUGAUAAUGAUCUAAUAUUAAAUCUAAUUGGACCUUAAAACGAUUAAUAAUAUCUAAAUUAGAAUAAAUUAAAAAACAAAUAAUCAAAAAAUUUAAGUUAUAAUUUCCCACAGUAUAAUGGUCUUUCUUAGAAUAUAAGAUCUAUGUCUGAUUCUAAUCCUAAUUAUAAUAAAAAUAAUAAUUCAAUAUAAACUGAAAGAUAAUAAUAAUAAAGAUAUGAUUAUCAAGAAUCAUCUAGAAUAACAUCACAAUAGCAUAAUUAUUUAUAUGAAUAAUCUCCUAAAUAAGUAGAGUUAUCAAAUAUAUCAAAUUAAAUUGAUACAUCUCCUUAAAAAAAUAAAUUAAAUAUCUCAAUCCUUAAAAGAGCAAAUGAAAUUUAGUAAUUAGAAGACUUAAGAUAAUAGUACCUUUUAAACAAAAUUGUAAACUUAUAAUAAAGAAAAGAGUAACUUAACAAAUCAAAUCUAACUAAUAUUUGA